AUGUUCGCCGAUGCUGAAAACCGAAAUACAUUUGUCCACACAGGUCUACAAGUGGAUUCGAUGCAUUUUCCAGCCGAGCCAGCCACAAAAAACACCAAGCCAGUGCAAUGCUAUAUCUGUAUGCAAUACAACCAUCUAGCUAAGCACUGCAAAACCAAAAAGCAGGUGUGUGCACGUUGCGGAGAAAAUCAUCGGCUUGACCAAUGCACAACGCCUACAGACACGUCCAAAUGUCGCAACGGCAAUCAUCUCGCCUCGUCUGUAGACUAUCCAAAAUAUAAGGAGCAGGAGAAAAAAGCGCAAAACUUGGUCAACCGACUAUUCAUCAGCUUUCAACAAAAGGUCGAGAAACCGGAAAAGCUUAUUGCCUCCAGCGAAUCGACCACGUCCAUCCCAACAACUACCACAGAUCAACUAACGACGACAAAUUCGACUUCAUCAAACGACAAGACAAUGACUGUUGUGCAAAGCAGCAAUGGAGACGCCUCGAAAGAGAGUCAAACAGCUAAGAAGCCAACAACUCUCUCGAUGCUUCGACUGGCGAAAAUAAAGGCAUCAAGAUCUCCAACGACGAUGAUUAGAGUGUGUCAUAUCAAUGUCACCUCUAUCACCAAACACCACGAUGAACUCUUGGCCAGAUUCUCCCAAUACGACGUCAUCUCCGUUAAUAAAACUAACCUGAAGAGUGAACGUCAGUUUGCUCUGAAAGGCUACAACAUUUUCAGAAACGACCGAGUAGGGAAACCUGGUGAAGCAGUACUACUGGCAGUGAAGCAGCAAAUCAAAUGCCGAGAACUGAUCUGCAAGACAUCGCAAGAAAAUGAACUGAUUGCAGUCCAACUCGAAACAAAAACAUACAAAUCCAUGCUGAUAGCGUUGAUAUAUGUCCCUCCUCGAGCAAGACUGAACAUCGACGUUUUCCACGAGUUAUACGGAAUCAACAACGAUUACGAAGAAAAAAUUGACUGGAUUUUAGCCAGUCAACCACUCUUUUCAUUCAUAUCAAAUGUCGAAACACAUCCAACAUUAGGACUUCUCAGUGGACACAAGCCAUUAACCUUCGAUAUCUCGAUCGGAACUGAAGUCAACGCCGCAUCACCACGAAUAUCGCUCAACUUCAAGAGAGCCAACUGGAGGAAAUACAGAAACACACUGGACGAAAAACUGAAAACAUGGAACAAGCCAGGUCCAACCUUACCCGGUGACAUAGACGACUAUGCAGAGUUCGUCACAAACUGUAUCACCACUGCCUCCAACCUAGCCAUCCCAACAGCAUCAAUGCCGAAUACAAACUUCAAAGUAAGUGAAGCUUCCCAACAUAUGAUCAAGAACAAACAUCAAGCAUAUCGACGUUGGAAAAAGACUGGAGAAGCAGCAGACAAACAACAAUUCUACAGUUCUCAAGUCCUGCUAGCCAACUCACUUAGAAACGACAGAAGGCACAAGUUUAAGCAAUUAAUGGAAUCCCUCUGUCGAAAGAAGAUGUAUUCGGAUGAAGUAUGGCUCACGGUGCGAAAGUUCCACAACAAACGGAUCAAGCAAACAUACUCGAGCACGAUGCAGUACAACAACACUAUAGCAGCGACAGGCAAAGAGAAGGCAGAUAUCUUCGCGGAUUAUUUCGAGAAGGAGGUCUACUUCAAAGUGCCUGACAUGCUCCCGUUCCACAAGCAAGUUGUACGACAAACCAAAAAAGUGAAGAAGGGUAUGUUACAUCCGUCAACCACCACCAAAUCGAAAAAGUUUUCAACCAAAGAAGUUAAGUGGCAUAUCAAACAACUACGCAACAGCGCGACUGGCCCUGAUAAUGUGCACAACAGAUGCCUGAAAAAACACACCGAGUUAUUUGUACAACACCUCACAGCGUUGUACAAUGCGAUUCUGGAAGAAGACACAUAUUAUCUUACUGUUGAAGCCGAACACAGACAAGCGUCUACCAUCCAAUUAUCGUCUCAUCAGUCUCCUGAGCUGUCUCGGUAA